UGAUUACAAACAAAAGCCGUAGUCUCAGAAUAGAAAACGUCAAAACCUUGUUCUCCUUCUUCCCCAAAUACCAAAGCAGCCGUCAGUCAGUUACUCACAGUCGGUGACUCAAAUCCCUAAUUCCAUAUUCCAGUCCUCCUCUCUCAGCUCAUUUCACAUUCCAUGGGGCUUUGCAUGUUCAUCAUCGCUGAGGAUUUUUGACUUUUGAGAAUUGGAUGUAGACAUGCGGGGGUAAGUUUCAUCUUUUGACUGGGUGUAUAUUCUGUUGUUUGUGUAUGUGAGGGAAUCUUUGGGUGAGUUUGAAUUCUAAGUGAGCAAUGGAGUGCAACAAAGAUGAGGCAGAAAGGGCAAUGCAGCUUUCUGAGAAAAAGAUCCAAAAUAAGGACUUUAAAGGAGCAAAGGAGAUGGCACUAAAGGCUCAACGACUCUACCCUCAGCUUGACAACAUUUCUCGCUUAAUUACAGUAUGUGAAGUUCACUGUUCAGCAGAAAAGAAGGUAGGGGGAUCAGAAAUGGACUGGUAUGGCAUUCUUCAGAUUCAGCAAUUUGAUGAUGAAGCAACGAUCAAGAAACAAUACAGAAAACUUGGGCUGCUACUUCAUCCCGAUAAGAAUAGGUUUACUGGGGCGGAGGCUGCUUUUAAGCUGAUUGGGGAAGCAAACAGGGUGCUGACUGACCAAGGAAGUCGUUCUAAAUAUGACAUCAAGUUGAGCGCUUUAACUGGUACCAAAUCAUUAGGUCAUCAGUCAUAUUUUAACUUCUUUGGACCCAAACAUUCCAGUGCUGCAAGUAGCGUUCUGAAUAUUCCUCAGUCACGGUACACUAGUGUGAAUUUACAUCAGCCGGUGAAUGUACAACAACCGGUGCAACCAGACACAAUCAAGAUAGCUUGCCCCUCAUGUAAAAGAAUGUACGAUUACAACUUUGCAAAUCGACUCAUAUUUUGUCAAAGAUGCCUAGGAAUCUUUGAUGCCUCUGAUUUGGGUCCAGAAUCUCUUGGGAAUCCAGUAGCUCCAAGUCAAGGUUCUUCAAAAGAAGCUUCACAAAGGAAUGGAGGGACUGGAUACCCGUCUUCAACAACUAAUGGAAAUGCAACGUCAAAGGCGGCAAGUGCUACUGAAGGUGGUGGAGCCUCUAAGACUGUAAAGAGAGAUAUCGAGAAUGGAGUUGGAAUUGAGAAGCAAGGGGUUGAAAGGUCCGAGUCUGGUCCACUGAAGUCAAAGAAUUCAAGAAAAUCAAGAAACGGAAAAAGAGGAGAGAAUGCAACUUUUGAUUCCGGUGAAAGUUCCAAGACUGGAAAAGAAAAGGUUGGUAUUCCUUCUGAAGUCAGUGAGCAUCACACCAGGAGAUCUUCAAGGAGUAUGCAUAAUCAUUCCUUUUAUGAAUCUGUAAAUGAUGAUGAUGAUGAUGAAAAUGAUGAUGAUGUUGGCGAUGUCAAGGUGAAUGAUGAUGUCAAUGUGAGUCCUUCGAAAGUGAGGGAAAGCCCAUUUCCCACUGCUACUAGAAAGAAGAGGGUUAAUGCAUUUGCGUAUGGUGGAGUGUAUAGGCAAACUGUCUUGGCCCUUUGUGCUAUGGAUGAGUAUAGGAAAUUAGGAAAACAAAGAGUGAGGCGCAAAAGAAGCAACACUGAUGAAAUUGAGUUACAGGUAAAUGAAUUAUCCAUGGCAGAUAGCAAUGGCAGCAAGUCCGUGGCAGAUAACAGCGGCAGCAAGUCCGUGGCAGAUAACAGCGGCAGCAAGUCCGUGGCAGAUAACAGCGGCAGCAAGUCCGUGGCAGAUAACAGCGGCAGCAAGUCCGUGGCAAAUAACAGCGGCAGCAAGUCCAUGACAUCCAUGCGAAAGAUCAUCGAGGUUCCUGAACCUGAGUUCCAUAGGUUUGUGGUCAGUAAAGAUGUGUUACAGAAAACUUUUAAAGCCAAUCAAACAUGGGUUCUUUAUGAUCCAGCAGAUGGCAUGCCAAGACGCUAUGCAUGUAUCAAGAAAGUCUUACACCCUGGAUUUAGGGUGAAAAUCACCUGGCUGGAGCCCGAUCCUGAUGACCAAGGUGAGGUUGAUUGGUGUAGCAAAAAGCUGCCAGUUGCAUGUGGUAAGUUUGGACUUGCGCUCACUGAAGAAGUUACAGAUCAUACUGUGUUUUCUCAUGAGUAUAUACACUCCACAAAAGGCAGGGAUAAAAGCUCUUUUCGGAUAUAUCCUAGGAAGGGAGAAACCUGGGCCCUCUACCAGGAUUGGGAUUUGGGGUGGAGUUCUGAGCCUGAGAAGCAUUCACAAUACAAGUUUGAUUUUGUAGAAGUCCUGUCAGAUUUUUCUGAAAAGUUUGGCACUGGAGUUGCUUAUUUAGGCAAAGUAAAAGGAUUUGUCAGUUUGUUUGAGCCAGCUGAGCAGCAGGGGGUUCUCAAGUUUCAAGUUCCACCUAAUGAUUUGUAUAGAUUUUCUCAUCAAAUUCCUUCUUACAAGAUGAGUGGUAGUGAAGGAUAUGGUGUUCCUGCUGGUUCUUUUGAGUUUGAUCCUGCUUCUUUGCCUGCCAGUCUUUUCAAUCGAAGAAGCACUGUCACCAUAGCCAAACCUUCUGGCUUCGUACCUUCUGGUAGAGCUCGCCCUGCUAAGAAAGAGGUGAAGAAAAACGAUGAACCAAUUCUGAUAGACUACACUGUUAACAAUGGUUCUUACAUAUGGAUUUGGUCUCCAGGUUUGAGAGCUCGCGUGAUUCGUAAACUUAAACCAGUAAUGGAGAGGAACAAAGGGGAGGCAGUCAGGGCAAUGCAACUUUCAGAAAUGAAGAUUCAAGAGAAUGAUUUUGCUGGAGCAAGGGAAAUGGCACGAAUAGCUCACCGACUCUUCCCUGAGGAUGAGAACAUUUCUAAAUUACUUGCACUCUCUGAAGUCUACUAUUCAAUUUUUGAAUCUGGUGAAAGCUCCGAGACUGGAGAUACUGCUAGAGCUGAUUUUGAGCAAUUUAUCGAAAAGGUCAGUAGUCCUUCUGGAAAUCUAAAUGAUGAUGACGACGAUGAUGAUAGUGAUGAUGGUGAUGAUGAUAGUGAUGAUGAUUAUGAUUAUGAUGACGAUGACGACGAUGAAGAUGAUGAUUAUGAUUAUGAUUAUGAUGGCAACAAUGAGUAUGAUGAUCAUGAUGGUGAUGAUGAUGGUGAUGACGAUUUUGUGAUUGCUCCCAAAAGGUUGAGGGAGAGACAAUUGAAGAGUUAUACUGAGAAGGAGGAGAAGAAUGCAGUGGAUGGUGGAGUAUCUACAAGUGUUGUGAGUCGUCCAAAAAGGUUGAGGCACAGCCAAUUCCUCAGUGUUAUUAACAGAAUGCAUGACACGUUUAAGGAUCAUAAUUCUAUCAGUUCCAUUAAAAGCUCCUCUACCCCUCCAUCGUCAUCAGCUGCUCAAUUCUAUGACUUCAAUGCACAAAAGUCUGAGGAGAAGAUUAGGGUUGGUCAAAUAUGGGCACUGUAUAGCGAUGGGAAUGGAAUGUCUAAGACCUUUGCUCAAGUUAAGAGGAUUAAUGUCAGGCCAAACAAAAGAGUUCAGAGGACUGUGUCUUCGGGGCAUUUUUAUUUGCGAAUGGGAUUGCUUGAACCUUUCUUGGAACCCAAAAACAUGGUUGAGCCGGUGUGUUGUGGGACAUUUAAAGUCAAACGAGCUCCACCUACACUGUUCUCCCUCACCUCAUUAUCUCAUCGUGUAAAAGCCAGACUUUUGGGCCAGAAUAUAUUUGAAAUAAUUCCUAGGAGAGGUGAAGUUUGGGCACUAUACAAGGAGCACAAUCCACUGGUGACCUAUCCUAACACGGGGAAGGGUGAAUGUCUAGUGGUGGAAGUGCUGGAAGUUCAGCACCAGAGUACAAAGAUUGUGGUUCUGGAACAGCUUAAUGGAUUUAAGUCAGUUUUCAAGGCUCCAACAGUGCAGAGUACCAAAACUGGUGUCAUUGAUAUACCGCAGGCUGAGUUGGGUAGAUUCUCUCACCAGAUUUCUGCUUUUAAGCAUACCAAGGUGAGUCACAGUCGACUUGCAGGGUGUUGGGAGCUUGAUCCAUUAUCAGUUUCUGGUUAUGAGAAAGAUGGUGUUCCCAAAUGUUUCUUUAAUUGUGAUCCUGCUUCUCUGCUGAACAAUCCUGACUACUCUUGUGACCUUGGUGAUUUGAAAAUGGAUAAAAGAAGCAUGAAUACUGAAACUCAUGGUUUGUCUGGUGAGUUACUUGAAGGUGCAGCUAAAUCUGUAAUAGGUUCUGCGAGCAUAGAAACAGGUACGAAACAGGAGACACCUUUUGCUGAAAGAGAGACUUCUGAGAAAGUUGAAUCACGAGUUUGUCACUUCUUCUUUGGUAAAGAUUUGGUGGAUUCCGUUAAGUUAGAAGCAAGUCAUGUGUUAAUGCUGUAGACAGUGGCAUGCAUAUCGCAAAAGGUGGCAAUCUCACUCAACCUAAGGGAAGUGCUAUUCCAUUGUUGGGCUGAUUAUCAUUGAGAGCAUCGACACAACAAAGACUGAUAAAUAUUGUGAAGAUGACUUGCGAAACCCUUGUAGUUACCUGAGGCUGUAUAUAUUUGGCCAUAGAUAGCGGUAAAUGACAUGGAAAAGGUUGGGUUUUAGUAGCCAAUCUUAAACUUUUUAUGAUGUUUCCGAGUAACUGUAUCAAGGAAAUUCGUAGUUGUCUUUUGUUUU